UUUAAAUUUAGAGAGGUUUAAUCCUAGUAUAAAAAGGAAAGCUGGAGGGAAGCCUAAACUUAAACCCCAAAUCCAUUAGCAAAAUUCAUCGAUUGAUUCUAAUUUCUAGGGCUUUUUUUUCACCUUCCAAUUUCUGCAAUUCAUCCCCAAAAUCCCCAAAUUGAGUUCAUCUUCUUUUUCCUAAAUUGAUCGAAUUCGAAAUCAUGCCGCAGAGACAUUCGAAGAACAACAACGAUUUAGGUUUCUUCACGUACGAUGAGAAGCGGAAGCUAGGGUACGGCACGCAGAGGGAGAGAUUGGGCAAAGAUUCAAUCAAACCGUUCGACGCGUGUUGUCUCUGUUUAAAGCCUUUUAUCGAACCUAUGUCCUGUCUGAAGGGCCAUGUUUUCUGUAAAGAGUGCAUUCUCGAAUGCCUCUUAUCGCAGAAGAAAGAUUUUCAGAGAAAAUUAGCUGCCCACGCCUCUCAACGGAAUCGACAAAAACAAGAACUAGAGAAUACUCUAAUGCUGCAAAAAGCUCGAGAUCUCGAUUUAUUCGAUCAGCAAAACCACAGCGCAAUCCCACACAGUAUGAAGACAGCCUCGUACGAAUCGGAAACACUCCGUUCAAUGAAGUCGUUCUGGCUGCCAUCCGCAACUCCGGAAGCUUCUAGAAGACUCGAACCAUCCCCAUCAACCGACACAAUUUGUCCCGAAGGAAACGAGAAGCUCCGAUUAAAAUCGCUUUUUAAGGUCCACUUCACAGAGUACGAUACCGAUCGAAAGAGAUUGAAUACUCUCGACAAGACGUACAUAUGCCCUAGCUGCAAAGUCACACUAACGAACACAGCCUCACUCGUGGCGUUGAGUUCUUGCGGGCACGUUUUCUGCAAGAAGUGUGCAGACAAGUUCGUUGUUAUUGAUAGGGUUUGUCUCGUAUGCGACAAGCCGUGCAAGGAGAGGAACCGGGUCGGGUUGUCGAAGGGUGGAACCGGGUUUGCGGGUCAUGGAGAUUGUCUUGAAGCAGUAGAUUUCAAACAUUUAGGAACUGGUACAGGUCUUGGCCUUGUAAGAAAUACAUAGAAAUAAAAGGAGCCCUUUUUGGUCUUUUUACAAGAAAGCAUUUUUAGCACGUGGGUUUGUUCGAACUGACAUGGAUAUACGUACACGCCGGCUCUAUCUUAUCCUAAUAUAUAUACGUGUCUUCCAUAA